AUGAACAUGAUGAAUGUGGCUAAGUAUUUGGGGAAAGUGAACCUGUAUGUUGUGCAUGGGGUGGACGAAGCAACUAUCUUAGAAAAUGAUGAGAAUGAGAUUCUUUUGCUAUGUGAAGGUCAUGCAGAGAGUGGUGAGAGUAGUGGCGUGGGAGGAGAAGCACAUGUUGAGGGUGGUGAAGAAGGAAUUACAGACGUAGUGGAGGGUGCAGUGGAGGUUCAGAAUGACUAUGCAGUGGAUGUUGACAAUGAGGAUGCACGGGAUGUUGAGAAUGACGAUGCAUUGGAGGUUCAGAAGGAGGAUUUACUGGAUGUUGACAAUGAGGAUUGGUUGGAUGUUGAGCAUGACGAUGCAUUGGAGGUUGAGAAGGAGGAUUCAGUGGAUAAUGAGGAUGUUGAGCAUGAGGAUGCAGAAGAUGAUGAGGUUGCAGUGGAGGUUGAGAAUGAGGAUGAAGUUGAGGAUGUAAGUGAAGAAGCAUUGGAAGUGGAUAAUGAGGCUGAAAUUGAGGUCAAAAGUGAACAAGUACUUCACGUGGACAUUCAGGAUGGAGGGGAGGUUGAUAGUGAAGAAGAAAUGGAAGUGGAAGUGGAAGUGAACAGUGAUGAUGAAGCAGGAAUGGAUGAUCUGAGUGGUGAUGAAUACGUGGAUGAAGACAGUGAAAAAGAAACCCAACAAUGUAGGGGUUUGUCAGAUGAUGAUUGUGAGUCUGAUAAGCUUUUAACUCCUGAAAAUAGUGCAAGUGAGGAGGAUGACAAUGAUGAUACAAUAUAUGUAGGUCCUUUCUCAAAAUAUGCAAAACAGAAGUCCAUGGUAGAUUACAAGUGGGAAGUGGGCACUAUUUUUACUAACAGGGAAGAGUUUAAGGAUGCUAUUAGAAGGUAUGUUGUUCAUGCUGAGAGGAAUCUAAAAUUUAUCAAAAAUGAUAACCGUAGGGUGAGGGUGACAUGCAUGGGUGGCCAAGGUAAGUGCCCAUGGCUAGCUUAUUGUGGUUAUUUGCCGUCACGAAAAAUUUGGCAAUUGAAGAAGAUAAUUGAUACUCAUAGUUGUAGUAGGCAACUUAAUAUUAAACUGAUGAAUGCUAAGUGGUUAAGUCAGGAAAUAGAUAGAUCUUUAGUUGAGAAUCCUAGUUUAAAGGUGAAUGAUAUUCGUACUAAAGCAUUAAGAAAAUGGAAUACAAAUGUUUCAAUAUCCAAGGCAAGAAGGGCAAAGUUAAUUGCCACAAGACAGGUUGAAGGAGAUUUCAAAGAACAAUAUAAAAGGGUGUACGACUAUGGACAUGAGCUGUUGAGGUGUAAUCCAGGGUCAACAGUGCAGAUUAAAGUUGACUUUCAUAAUGGAGACCCAAUCUUUCAAAGAAUGUAUGUUUGUCUCAAAGCUUGUAAAGAUAGUUUCAUAAGCUGUAGGCCCAUUAUAUGUUUAGAUGGAUGUUUUUUGAAAGGUGUUUACAAGGGGGAGCUGCUGACUGUUGUUGGUAGGGACCCAAACGAUCAAAUGCUACCCCUUGCCUAUGCAGUAGUAGAAGUGGAGAACAAAGACAGCUGGACAUGGUUUUUGCAAUUGUUAAUUGAAGACCUCGGGGGCACUGCCGGGUUAGUCUUAGCUAUCCAGGAGCUUCUGCCUCGGGCAGAACAAAGAUACUGUUUAAGGCACCUUUAUGCAAACUUUAGGAAAAGGUUUGGUGGGCAGGUAUUAAAAAAUCUGAUGUGGAGUGCUGCAACCACCACAUAUCCCCAGGCUUGGGAGAGAGAAAUGCUGAAAAUUAAAGAAGUCAAUGUUGAAGCAUAUAAAUACCUCAUAGCAAUUCCCCCUAGGUUUUGGUCAAGGUCUCGCUUCACAGGUCAACCAAUGUGUGAUACCCUUGAUAACAACAUCACUGAAGCUUUCAACAGUGUUCUCAUUCAUGCAAGAGGAAAAUCAAUUAUCACAAUGAUGGAGGAUAUCAGAGUGUAUCUCAUGAAAAGGUGGGCCACCAAUAGAAGCAUGGUGGCAUCUAUGGACUUCACAAUAUGCCCAAAGAUAAAGAACAGGCUUCAGAAAGAAUGUAAUUUGUCAAGAUUUUGGCUGCCAAGCUGGGCUGCACGAAAGAUCUUUGAGGUUAGGCAUAGUUCAUCCGUUGGGAACAAGUUCACAGUGGAUCUGGACACUAAAGAGUGUAGCUGCAGAAAGUGGAUGAUCAGUGGCAUCCCAUGCUGUCAUGCAAUUGCAGCAAUGAACUACUGUAAUGUUGAUCCAGACAAUUUUAUACCCACUUGCUUCAGAAGAUCCACAUAUGAAGAGGUGUAUGCAUCCAUAAUUUUUCCACUCAAUGGUCCCCAACUAUGGCAAACCACAAAUUUCAAUGAUGUACUACCACCACUGAUAAGAAAGUUGCCUGGGAGGCCAAAGAAAAAACGGAAGUUGGAGGCAUGGGAGUUAACUAAGGACAACACUCAAAUGCGUGUUGGAGGGCAUAGGAAAAAGUGUACCAUUUGCCGUCAGACAAAGCACAACAGGAAUAACUGCCCUUUACGGCCCCAACCAGCAGAAGCAACCCAACCACCAGAAGCAACCCAGCCAACACAAACAACCCAGUCACCAGAAACAACACAACCAUCACAGCCACCUCCAAGUUCCCAAUCAUCCCGUCCAACAAAAUUCAGAGUUAGAAGAAAAGAUAGAUAG